UUUUUUAUAUAAAAUUGUAUUUUUAUUCUAAACUUUUUUUAAAGUAAUAAAAAAUCUUAACUAUCUUUGAAUUCACUAUUAAUAUUCGAAAUCAUGCCUAUACAUAAUACUUAACAUUUCAAGUAUGGUUAAUGUCCAUCAUAACUGGAAAAUAUUGCAGUUUUUCUAUUUUGAUGACUAAAAAUCCCUGAAAUUUUCUAUGUGUAAAAUACUUAGUAUGUUAUGCAACAAUUAUCAUGAAAUUUAUAAUUCUUCGUAAAAUCUACUGGAUUUUUUCCUAUCCAUGUUGGCAGUUCUGCACAUGGAUUUUAAAGUAGUUGUGAUGUUUUUAAUGUUGAUGUGAAAUGCAAAUGUAAGUUUUUUAUUCAUUCAAUUUCUCUAUAAAUAAAUCUAACUAUAUAUUAAAUCAAAAUUGAAAGCACUUGCUCUUUUGUUGUGAAGUUUUCUGUUUCAAAGAGUUUUUAAAAGUCAUUAGCUAGAACUAUUUCAUUGUAUAAGUUAUUUUCAAUGUUUCGUGCAAUUGAAUUACACGAGUCUAUUGUAAAGGCAUCAUUCCAUUUUUUAGUGGUAGUUCAGGUAGCAUCAUUGCGGUAUUAAGCCUUUUUUUGGAUGCUUGUGAUAGCACUUCAAUUUGAAUAUCAUUUUUUUGGGAUGUUUGUCUCAGAGAAAUGAAUAAAAUCAGUUUAGGAAAAAUUUAUUGAGUAAAUAUUAAACUGAAUAUGGCCACACUCAAAAAUAAAAAGCAUAACUGAAAAGAAGUACCUUAAAGGGAUAAAAAAAUUUUUUAUUCUCUUUGCAUGAUAUUCAGCGGUUGGGAUUGAGAGGUCCAAAAGGACCCCUCAAUCAUUUCGCCACUUAUUAGAAAUUGAAAGUGAAUGAACUGUUCCCAGUGGGCACUUAUGAGCAUGGGAAGAGAUACAUGAUUCGUGAUUUCUCAAAAGAGAACAUAGCCAGAAAUAAAGCCAACUCCCAGUAUUAAAUUUGAAAAUAAUUUGGCAAAAGCUAAUCGUUAAAAAGACUGAUAAUUAGUAUAACUAUGCGACUGGAACUUUAAAAAAAAAUUUUUUUUAGUUUUAUUUUUGGUAAGAAAUAAAGAGUUUUAGUCAUGACAGUGAAUUAAUGAGUCUUACAUUAGUAUUGAAAUAGAAAGUUAGCCUUUACACAGACAUGCCAACUGCUCCGCUUUGAGCGGAGUUUCUCCGUUUUAAAAUUUUAACUCCGCUGCCCUGCGCUAAGUCAAAAACGCUCCGCUUUUCCUGCUCUAACUGUUACUAAACCGAAAUAUCGUCCCUCAAGUGCGUUUUCGCUUUAAAGUCAUUGCGUUAGCUUGCAGCAUGACAGUGAGAAUGCAUCUUAUUUUGCUUUACGUAGAUGCGUUAGUUUAGAACGCGUCAGUGAGAAUGUUGCUUGAAAAUUGUGAUUGGAGCAUUGGUGGCUAAAAGUUAUUCACUCGCGAAGUUUUUAACAUAUCGCAUGUUGUUUACAUCGUCGUCAGUUGAUUGUAAAAUGCAUUUUGAAGUUUAAAAAAAAUCAGGAAUGCCGCCUAAAAAGAGAUCCCAUCAUCAAGCUUUUAAAGAUGAUUAUGCAAAAGAAUUUCCUGUUCUAAAGCGCUCAAAAGCCUCUGAGAAUCACGCCUAUUGUAUUACAUGCGAUAUGGAUUUCACAAUCGCACAUGGUGGUCUGUAUGACUGUAGACGUCACGUGGAGUGUGAACGACAUAAGAAAAAUGCCGAAAGAUUGGCUACAAAUAAAAAAAUUAAUGCAUUAUUUUCCUCGUCAUCAGAUGAUUUAAAAGUUAUUCGGGCUGAGGCAUUGUUUACAAAUUUUAUAUUGGAACACAAUUUGCCAAUUGCUGUCGCCGAUCAUGCGCGGCCUUUAUUUAAGAAAAUGUUUCAAGAUUCUGAUACAGCCGCUAAAUACGGCUGCGCAAGAACAAAGACAACUGCAAUUAUCAAUUGUUUAGCUACAAAUACUGGUAAUGAGCUGACGAAUAUUUUAAAAACAACGAAAUUUUCCUUAGCUACUGAUGCCAGUAAUUCUCAUUCGUCAGACAAAAUAUUCCCUUUGAUUGUAGGCAUUAUCGACGAUGCUAGAAUAACUACGAGACUGUUAAGUUUAGCAAAACUGAAUGGUGAUGCUACUGGGCAAAAUAUGUUCCAGUUGCUUCAUGAAGAACUGUCAAAAAGAUCGAUUCCUUGGAGUAACUGUAUCGCCUUUUCCUGUGAUAAUGCUUCAUCGAUGAUUGGUAAGCAUAAGGGUCUUACAAAGUACUUAUUGGAAAAGAACUCCAAAAUGAUAAUAAACAAAUGUGCUUGCCAUUUGUUACAUUUGGCUGCUAAGAAGGGGGCUAAAGAACUGCCAUUAAAUGUGGAGGAUUUUCUAAUUGAUGUAUUUUAUUACUUCAAAAAAAGUUCGAAGAGGAUUGAGGCUUUUAAAGCCUGUCAGAUCUUUUGUGAUCUUGAUAACCACAAAAUACUUAAAUAUGUGGCUACAAGGUGGUUGUCUUUACUUAAUGUUAUUGAAAGAUUUCUUGAGCAGUGGGACAGUCUUUCCCUUUUUUUUCAAAAUGAAGAUGGCACAUCUGAGAAAUGUAGAAAGAUAAAAAAGAUGUUUCUAGAUCCACGUACAAAACUUUAUCUUUUGUUUUUGGAAUCUGUGUUACCACUCUUCUGUUCUGUGAACGUUUUGUUGCAGUCAGAAGAACCUUUGAUUCACUGUCUUCGGAGAGAGUUGGAGAUGCUUUUAACUAAGUUAAUUGCACGUUACAUAUCUCCAGUUUCUGUUAAAGAGGCAAAAAGCAUACGUACAAUUGAAUUUUCCAAUAGAAAAAGACAAAAGUUGAAUGAAGAUUUAGUUAUAGGCUGCAAAACAAGGCAAUUUUUGAAAGAAAAUUCUCUGACUGAAGAUGUUGUGUCUGCAUUUUAUCUAAGUGUCAGAAACUUUUAUUCCCUGUCAUGCAAAUAUAUAAGCGAAAAAUUUCCACUGGAGGAUGCUGCUUUAUUAAAUGCUGAAGUUGCGGACAUUAACCUAAGACUGGAAAAAUCUUUCAGUGCAAUUAACUACUUCGUAGAUCUUUUUUGUGAAGAUUUCUCAGACUUACAAAAGGGUGCACUAGAGGAAGAAUUUGCUCUUUAUCAGAUUGAUAACUUCAGUGAGGAUGUUAUAAAAAAUAAUAAGCCUGCUGAAGUUUGGUCUAUGAUCGAAAAAAUUAAAGAUCAGAAAGGCUGUUUAAAAUACAACAUUCUGCCGAUUGUUAUGAAGAGGAUAUUGCUAAUCCCACACAGCAAUGUUCCUUGUGAAAGACUGUUUAGUCUUGUGAGGAAAAAUCAGAAUGACUUCAGAGGAAACUUAAGUUUAUCUACAUUGCAAUCUAUUUUGAUUCAAAAAUCAAAAAUGAUUUCUAAAAAUGAACUCUGUUAUGAAAGAAACUUCACUAAAGAAGAAUUAGCUAAAGCUAAAAAGGCCACAUCUAUAGCAUUACAAAGCAAAUAAUGUUAUAAUUUUUAUGCUCUUUUAAUUUGCACUUUAAUAUUUUCAUUGCAUUUUAAUACUUUAUUAUUAUAUUAAUAAAUAUUUUGUAUAUUCAGUAUUGCUUUAUUACUUCUCAUUACUAUAUAAUGUACAUAAUGAGGCAUAUUUAAUGUAUUAAAACGAUUGAUCAUUGACUGCAAAAAAAUUGCUCCUCUUUGGUAUCACUAAAGGUUGGCAUCCCUGUUUACAUUGAUUGUUUAGAAAAGGAUAAAAUAUUUUAUAUUCACUUUUUAUAAAUUGUAAUGAAAAUUU